GUCAGGAGUGCGGGUGGAGUGGCGGUGGCCGGAGUGUGGAGAGAUGGCUGCACGUCGUGAGUUGUGCCUGGUGCUGCUGCUGCUGUUCAGUGUGCUCCUGGGACCUGCCGCCACUGCUGAAGAGAAUAAUGGCUCCAUCAAACCAAAAGGAAGAAGUUUCAUUGGGUAUAAGGUUCCAAAUGCAAAUAAUUCUGAAGAGUUAUAUGAGGUGGAUGAAUUUGUAGCAGAAGUCCUCACAGGAAAGCUGACUACAGUUUUUAUUCCCAUUGUUUAUGUCUUUGUCUUUAUAAUUGGUUUGCCAAGCAAUGCUAUGGCCCUCUGGGUCUUUUUUUUCCGAACAAAGAAGAAACAUCCAGCUGUGAUUUAUAUGGUUAACUUGGCAUUGGCAGACCUUCUUUUUAUUGUCUGGUUCCCUCUGAAGAUUUCAUACCAUCUAAAUGGCAAUAACUGGCUAUUUGGCGAAGGUCUCUGCAAAGUAUUUGUUGGGUUUUUCUAUGGAAAUAUGUACUGUUCCAUCCUCUUCAUGACAUGUCUCAGUGUGCAACGGUAUUGGGUUGUAGUGAACCCCAUAGUGCAUUCAAAAAAGAAAUCAGAAAUUGCUUUGGGCAUCUCCAUUGCUAUCUGGAUACUGAUUUUGUUGGGCACCAUACCAUUGUAUCUUUUUAAUCAGACAGCAUAUAUUUCAAAUCUUAACAUUACAACCUGCCAUGAUGUGUUGCCUGAAAAUGUUUCAGCUCAUGAUAUGUUCAGUUACUUCCUCUCACUUGCAAUUGGACUCUUCUUAAUCCCAGCUAUCAUCACUGCUGUUGCAUACAUUCUAAUGAUUAAGACCCUGAGUGCUUCCAUCAUAGAUGUUAGCACUGGGAAGAAACGAAAAAGAGCAAUCAAACUCAUUAUUGUUGUCCUGUCCAUGUAUCUCAUCUGUUUUACACCUAGCAAUGUGCUGAUUAUUGUGCACUAUUCACUCCUCAAAGCCUACAGCCAGAGCCAUCUGUAUGUGUGGUACAUAACUGCACUGUGUCUUUCCGCUUUGAAUAGUGGUAUUGAUCCUUUCAUCUAUUACUAUAUUUCAAAAGACUUCAGAGACAACCUUAAAUAUGCUCUUCUUUGCCGAAGUGUGCGAACUACACAGAGGAUGCAAGUGUCUCUCUCAUCAGGCAGGUACCCCAAGAAAUCAAAUUCUUAUACUUCAAACUCAAGUAGGACCACUAAAUCAACCUACUGAGUUUAAUCUUGGAAAAGUGAACUUUUGUUAUUACUGAUGAAAGGAUGUGAGUGACAAUGGACUUACUUUGUACAAGAGAGUCUGAAGAAACACCUCUGCAUUUUAAUUACAUUGAAGUCUGGAAUUUGGAACUGACAGUUGCUUAUUCUGUGUAGCAAUCAUAAGCAGAUAAAUCUUCCUGGGAAACUGGGAAAAAAAAAGAAGACAUUUCAGAUGCCGUGCUGGAAAAUGCUGCUGACCUGGAAGUGAGGCUCAAGACAUUCUUGUUGAAUAUAAAAGUUGCUAAAAAAACAAAAUGUCUCUGGAAUAUUAUGCAGUAUUGUUAGUAUUUGUA